GUAAGCUGCGCUGUGCCUUAUGUUGCGCCUGCUACUCGCUGGCUCACUCUCUCUCUCGGAUGGUGAUGAUGAUGAUGAUGAUGAUGAAGGCUGGUGCGAUGGAGAUGAUGCUGUGAGAAGCGGCGGAGCUCGGUUCUCGCACUGAAGAGCCUGCUAGAAGCUCACACACACACACACACACACUCUUUCUCACACUCUGUCUGGAGCGUGGCUGAUGACAGAGCACCGAUGACAGCGCCCAGCGCCUGGCCGAGCGCCUCCGCGGACAGGUGAAAGACCUCCCCCCGCCACAGCCCCAAACUCCUGGAGAUGUUCCUCAGGAGCGGCCGUGGAUUCCUCUCUCCGGCUCUGAGACUGCUGCUGGUGCUGCUGCUGCUGCUGGUCUCCGCUCCACAGCCCUCGCUCCAGGGCAGGAAUAAGGGCAGAUGGAACAAGGGGGGAUCCCGUCUGCGGCAGGAGGACUCCCCGCCCCGCAUCGUGGAGCACCCCUCCGACCUCAUCGUGUCCAAGGGCGAGCCGGCCACCCUCAACUGCAAGGCCGAGGGGCGGCCCACGCCCACUGUGGAGUGGUACAAGGACGGAGAGAGGGUGGAGACGGACAAGGACGACUCGCGCUCCCACCGCAUGCUGCUGCCCAGCGGCUCGCUCUUCUUCCUCAGGAUAGUCCACGGGCGCCGCAGCAAACCGGACGAAGGGGCGUACGUCUGCGUGGCCCGAAACUACCUGGGAGAAGCCGUCAGUCGCAACGCCUCGCUGGAAGUAGCAUUGCUGCGGGAUGACUUCAGACAGAAUCCAACAGACGUGGUGGUUGCAGCAGGAGAGCCGGCCAUUCUGGAGUGCGUCCCCCCUCGCGGCCAUCCGGAGCCCACCAUCUUCUGGAAAAAGGACAAAGUGCGGAUCGAUGAAAAGGAAGACAGGAUCAAGAUUCGAGGAGGAAAGCUGAUGAUUUCAAACACAAGGAAGAGUGAUGCUGGGAUGUACGUGUGUGUGGGCACCAACAUGGUGGGAGAAAGGGAUAGCGAGACAGCCCAGGUCACUGUUUUUGAGCGGCCCACGUUCCUGCGGAGGCCCAUAAACCAGGUGGUGCUGGAGGAUGAGGCGGUGGAGUUUCGCUGCCAGGUGCAGGGAGACCCUCAGCCGUCUGUCCGCUGGAGAAAGGAUGACGUGGAUGUCGCUCGAGGAAGGUAUGAUAUCCGGUAUGACAAGGACGAUUAUGUUCUGCGGAUAAAGAAGGCUUCAGCAGGUGAUGAGGGGACGUUCACCUGUGUGGCGGAGAACCGAGUGGGCAAACUGGAGGCCUCGGCUACACUCACAGUGAGAGCUCGCCCCGUGGCACCACCCCAGUUUGUGAUCCGGCCACGGGACCAGAUUGUGGCUCAGGGGCGCACCGCCACCUUCCCCUGCGAGACCAAAGGGAACCCCCAGCCUGCAGUGUUCUGGCAGAAAGAGGGGAGCCAGAACCUGCUGUUUCCCAACCAGCCGCAGCAGCCCAACAGCCGCUUCUCAGUGUCGCCCAGCGGAGAUCUGACCAUCACAGGGGUGCAGCGGGCAGACGCAGGCUACUACAUCUGCCAGGCGCUGACUGUAGCCGGCAGCAUCCUGGCCAAAGCCCAACUGGAGGUCACAGAUGUGUUGACGGACAGACCUCCGCCCAUCAUUCGUCAGGGUCCGGCCAAUCAGACGUUGGGCGUGGACGGUGUAGCUCUGCUGAAGUGCCAGGCAUCCGGUGAGCCCGUGCCCACCAUCAGCUGGCGCAAGGACGGAGUCAGUCUGCUGGGCAAAGACCCUCGCAUGUCUCUGCUGGACCUGGGCAGCCUCCAGAUCAAGAACAUACGGCUCUCAGAUUCUGGGAUCUACACCUGUGUGGCUGCCAGCUCCAGUGGGGAAACGUCUUGGAGUGCUUUCCUGGAAGUGAAAGAAUCUGCUGGGGUGGUGACGAUUAAGAACCGAGAUGAGAGUGAACUCCCAGGACCUCCCUCCAAACCUCAGGUCACAGACGUCACGAAGAACAGCGUGUCGCUGUCCUGGCAGCCCGGCCUGACCGGAGCAUCGGUCACAACGUCUUAUGUGAUUGAAGCUUUCAGCCAAUCAGUGAGUAACAGCUGGCAGACAGUGGCGGACCACGUUAAGACCACCCAGUACACCAUUAAAAGUCUCCGGCCCAACACCAUCUACCUGUUCAUGGUGCGAGCUGUCAACGCGCAGGGCCUGAGUGACCCCAGUCCCAUGUCGGAACCGGUCCGGACACAAGAUAUCAGUCCUCCAGCUCAGGGCGUGGAUCACAGGCAUGUCCAGAAGGAGCUGGGAGAGGUCAUUGUUCGGCUACACAAUCCCGUGGUCCUCAGCCCCACCACCAUCCAGGUCACAUGGACGGUGGAUCGUCAGUCUCAGUUCAUCCAGGGCUACAGGGUCGUGUACAGGCAGACAUCAGGGCUGUCUUCUCCGGGGCCGUGGCAGAGCCAGGAUGUCAAGGUUCCCUCUGAGAGGACCGUCGUUCUCUCCUCACUGAAGAAAGGCAUCGUAUACGAGUUCAAAGUGCGUCCAUAUUUCAACGAGUUCCAGGGCAUGGACAGCGAGUCCAGGACAGCGAGGACCACUGAAGAGCCUCCCAGUGCUCCACCCCAACAAGUGACUGUCCUGACGGUGGGGAAUCAGAACAGCACCUCUAUCAGCAUCUCAUGGGACCCCCCUCCUGCAGACCACCAGAACGGCAUCAUUCAGGAGUACAAGAUCUGGUGUUUGGGAAAUGAGAGCCGUUUCCAUGUGAAUAAAACGGUAGACGCAGCCAUCCGUUCUGUGGUGGUUGGGGGUCUUCAGGCAGGGGUGCUUUACCGGGUGGAGGUGGCUGCUAGCACCAGUGCAGGAGUGGGCGUGAAGAGCGAGCCCCAGCCAAUCGUCAUUGGUAAGGACUUCCGAGAUGUGAUUGUGAGUGGGAACAAGAAUAACAGCAUCACAGAGCAGAUCACUGAUGUGGUGAAGCAGCCGGCCUUCAUUGCUGGGAUCGGAGGUGCCUGCUGGGUCAUCCUCAUGGGCUUCAGCAUCUGGCUCUACUGGAGGAGGAAGAAGAGGAAGGGUCUCAGCAACUAUGCAGUUCAGUCGUUCACCUUCACCCCUGCAGUGACGUUCCAGCGUGUUGACGGAGGCUUGAUGAGCAAUGGAAGUCGGCCUGGUCUCCUCAGUGCUGGUGAUGCAGGCUAUCCUUGGCUGGCUGACUCCUGGCCGGCCACCAGCAUGCCCGUCAACAGCAGCUCCGCAGGACCCAACGACCUCAGCAACUUCAGCGGCCGUGGAGAUGUGAUGCCCACCGCUCAGCCUGAUAAAACAGGCACCAUGCUGUCUGACGGAGCCAUCUACAGCAGCAUCGACUUCACCACUAAAGCGGGCUUCAGCAGCCCCAGCCCUGCCUCACAGGCCACGCCCUACGCCACCACGCAGAUCCUCCACUCCAGCAGCAUCCACGAGCUGGCCGUGGACCUGCCUGACGCCCAGUGGAAAACCUCACUGCAGGCCAAGCAGGAGAUGGCCAACCUGGGCUACUCUCUGCCUGACAAAAACUCCUGCAACAACACACUCCUUUUCAUUCCUGACUACCGAUUGGCUGAUGGAUUGUCUAAUAGAAUGCCCCACAACCAAUCACAGGAUUUCAGCACCACCAGCUCACACAACAGCUCAGAGCGGAGCGGCAGUCUGUCAGGUGGGAAGGGAGGAAAGAAGAAAAAGACCAAAGCAGGAGCCAAGCCCACCAAGGCCAAUGGCUCCAACUGGGCAAAUGUCCCUUUACCACCCCCUCCUAUCCAUCCUCUACCCGGCACAGAGCUGGACCACUACCCUACAGAGCACCAUGAAGGAGGAGGCUAUGAAAGUGACGGCUGGGGUCCUCCACUGCCCGUACAGACGUACCUGCACCAGGGCCUGGAGGAUGAGCUAGAAGAAGAGGAGGAGAGGGUGCCGACCCCACCCAUCAGGGGCGUGGCCUCCUCCCCUGCAGCCGUAUCCUUCGGAAAGCAGUCCACAGCCACGCUGACCCCGUCACCUCGAGAGGAGAUACAGCCCAUGCUGCAGGCCCAUUUGGACGAGCUGACCCGGGCCUACCAGCUGGACAUGGCUAAGCAAGCCUGGCACCUGCAGGGGGGCACGUAUCCUCCUCAGGCACCCGCCCCUCCAGUGGGAUACAUGUCCAGCACCCUUGUCUCUGACAUUGAGACAGACCUCCCGGAUGACGAUGAUGACGAUGAGGAUGACCAGGAGGAAGAUGAAGGCUAUGAGAUGUCUCCGCCCCUCCGGGGUAUUGAACACACACCGGGCUCCAGCAUGGACAACCUAGACAGCUCAGUUACAGGCUCCAUGGUGAAUGGUUGGGGUUCGGCGUCAGACGAGGACGACAGGCCCUUUUCCAGCCACAGGUCCAGUGCAGGUAGCUCCUCAGAUGGCUCGCUCUUCACCCACUGCAGCUUUGCCCGGGCGCUGGCGGCGGCUGCAGACAAGGCCGGCUAUAGGCUGGACGGCACCAGCCUCAGCAAGAGAGAUAAAGCCCUAGGUGCGAGACCUCGGCCUGCCAGUCCAUUUUCCACAGAUGGCAGCACUAUGGGCACACACAGUCUGGGGCACCAGCGCGCAGCACGACCCACCCGCAAACACAGAGGCCCGUGCACAGCCCCGCACCGCAGGGACGCCAGUGCUGAUGACCUACCUCCACCCCCAGAACCUCCACCCUUUCAGACCCCACGCGUCCAGGGGCAGAGGAGUAUGGGGAGUCUAGGCAGCCCUGCUGAGCGAAAGGCCUCGUCUCUGGAGAGGCAGCCUAUGGCCGGGCUGGAGGAGGUGAAGAGCUCUCUGGACAGACAAGCCCGGACCUCACUGGAGCGCCAUCGGCAAGCCCAGGAGAGACUGGGCUCCAUGGAGAGAGCAGAAGAGGCUAGAAGAGCUCAGAAGAACGGGCCGGUGUCAGAAGAGGUCAUGCCACCCUAUAGCAAACCAUCCUUUCCCUCCCCCGGGGGCCACAGUUCAUCUGGGACCACAUCCUCCAAAGGCUCGACGGGCCCUCGGAAAGGAGAGGGGUCACGAGGUCAGCACCAGCGCGCCAACACUGAGCACGACUCCGGCUACGCGGGGAUCAAUGGCCAGGGACAGUACUCCGGAGAGUUAUAGUGAACAGCCCUGAGCGUGAGCUGAACAAUGCCUUUUCCUGCCCCGGAGACGCUUCUCCUGCUCGGUGCAAUGGACUCGUAAAACGGUGUCAGAAGGAGGAACGGAUCUGACGAAGGCGGAGAGGAAAGCGCAAGCGAAAACUGUAAAUGUGAUGUAAAGACGGACAUGCGACCCACAGUGUUGAUUUGAUGUUUUCUGUCCUUUCGAGAACAAACUAAACACCUUCCUCUUUGAAAACGAAAAAAAAACAUUAAUUCUGAGAAGACAACAUGUUGGAGAGAAGAAAAAAAAACGGAGAAAAAAACAAAAAAGAGAUCGGAAGCUUCAUUCCGAACUGGAAAAGGGAAUCGUAUUGUAUUUCCUGUAAAUAUAUUCUCAACGUUGAAAAUUGUUCAUUGCAUCGCUAUGCAAACUGGUUCCGUACGCUCCACGCCCAACCCCCCCCCCCCCCCCCAUCCACCCUCGACCUCUUUACGCGCUAUUGGUCAUUUGUAUUAUAUGUGAAUUGAUAGGCUGUGGUGCCAUACAGAAAAAAAAAAAAAACUGUUAUCAUCCGUCAUUUGUUAAUAUUUCUCAUGGGUUUCAUUGUUGUUCUUAUUAUGAUUCUGAUGAUUAUUAUGAUUCAUUGUUUUCUUUUGCACUGCGAUUUUUUGGUGAAAAGCACAAAAACCAUAGCUCCCGCUGACAUGAAGCACCGGGGGAGAGGAGAUGUGAAGAGGAGUUGCUGUACUGUAACUAGAGAAAAGAAAAUAUAUAGCCAUGUACAGAGAUAUAUUAAACUAAGCCUGCGUUCCUUGGAGGCGCCGGGAUUUGUGAUGCUAAAAGGCAGAGUUGCACGAAUGUUAUUGGGCAGCGGUGGGGUUCUCCUGAGGCUAUGACGGAGGGCGGUGGUACCCUCUCGAUGUUGGAAACGUGCUGAAGAGAGAUAAGAAACAGAGAGAGAGAAAGAGAGAGAGAGAGAUGUUGACGCUUGGACAGAUGAUUGCUGGACCAGUGCAGUGCGGUGGUGUCAAAACCCCACUGCAAUAAACGUCAACCCGAAAGUGGUCAUGUUCCCUUUCACCCAAACCCCCCACCCCUCCCGACCCGAGUCCUGUUCAAACACGUUGUCUUAUUCAGACGUGGGCCGGCAGACAGUACUUGGUUUACAGUACUUGCCGCCCGCUGUUUGCUUUCUUGUGUUUACUUGUUUGUGUGCGUGUCAGCCUUGCUCCUCUUUGAACAUCACUCAAUAGCUCACCCACUCUCUCCGCUCUGUCCAUCAGAGUGCGGGCCAGCGUCAGGCGGACAGUAAGAGUGAUGAUGAGCUUUAUGAAUACGGUUUCUCUCUGGCUGUAGUCCCAAUACUUUUGUAUUUACCUAUUCUUUUUUUUUCCACUAAAAGGUGGAUCUUCUUAAAGCACUCAAAACGCAAGCAAUUUAAAAGCCAUAUGAACAAGAAUACUCUAUGUCUUCGUGUAUAGUUUCUGUUCAGUCAAUUUGUCGUUCUUUUAAACACUGGAAAUUAAUACAUGAAGACGAGAAUCUUGGGUUUUGGUGCUUUUGCAAGACCACUGUGUGAUUUAAGUUUCCUUGAAAGCCUAGCUGUAAGUUUGGUUAGGAUUGGUUGCUGCAAUUUGGGAGCCUAAAUCCAUUAAUCUUUUGUCCGUACUCUGCAUUGAUUUUGACCAUGAUUUUGAUUUUGUAAAUGUUCUCUGAAAGCUUCAGGCUCACUCACACUCCCUUUUCUAAUGAAAAUCAGUGUCUUUCAAACAUUGUAAUCAUCACUGCCCACAUGCGUUCUCUACAUUGGCUUGGAUGUGAAACAAUACAUACAAUGGAGGACAGUUCAUAGCUAAAAAGGGGUUUGGUUUCUGACAAGAACAAUCAAGGCUACAGUGGAGUAGUAGUACUGGAGGUAGUGAGGUUCUUCGUCAGCAUGUCUAUUUGGCAGUGGUUGGGUUUCACUUCACAGGGUUCAUAGGGUCAUGAAACACCUGGAAAAGUCAUGAAAUAAAAAAAAAAAGCAUUAGAUGAGUUUUGAAAAAAUUUAAAUAUCCAGAAAGUUUUGGUAAAGUUGUGGAAAUUCGCUCUACAAAUCUUUGUGUUUCCAUUUAUUGAUGGAGAAAAUCUAUUUUGAGCUAACAAAUCAGAGUCAGCCGUACACAAUGGAGCUCUCAGGCUCUGACACACAUUUUAUUAUUAAAGAUUGUGUCAACAUUUUAUCGGAUUUAUUUUAGACCUACUAUAAUCAAUAGUUUUAGUUGAUUUUUGGUUUUAUUGUCCAUGUCUGCACUUUUAAAAUUCAUAUGGUCAUGAAAAUGUGCCUUGAAGGCAUGGAAAAGUCACGAAAAAAUCAUGGAAAUUUAUUGGUUAAAAUGUGUAUGAACCCAGACUUAAACUAAUGGCCAGUAAUGAGACUAAGCAUAUUUUUUUAAAGCUUACCUCCGUUUCCAUAAGCUUUCAGGUAAUAAAGCAAAACAAAAACAGACAAAACAAACACAGAAGGCUCCAUCCGUAUUUAUAGCCAUUUAUGGAUUGACAUUGAGCUUUAAUAAGUCUUUAUGGAUGUGGAAAUUGUGUGGGUGCUGUGUAGCCAAUAGUUUAAGUAAAACACAAACUAUUGGCUAUUAUAUGAAUAUGAUGAAGAAAAAAAAAACUUAGGGCAGAUUUUUUACACAGUUUAGAGUCAUUUACACCUCUGCCUCUUUUGUCAUUAUCACAGUACAUUAUCACAACCUCCCCUAAUGUCACCAGGCUUGUUGUUGUCAUAAGCUUUUGACUCCAAACUGGCAUUUAGCGGAUGAUCUUGCUGUUUAACAGCCAUGCCAACAUAAAUGUCACAUGCAGUAGAAGCAUGUGGGCAGUGAAGGUUCAAACAUUUGAAACAGAUGUAUAAAUAAAUGAGCCUUAAGUAAUCAAAUACAUAUUUUUUGCACUGUAAGGUGCACUGGAUUAUAAGGAGUAUUAUGAGACACUAGUAAGGAACAGGAGCAUCGCUAAAAAAUCUUUUAAAGCCAAUAGAGCACUGGGUGUUAAUCUACUCAGAUUUAUCUCCUGAAAACUGAUUAUUUGGGUGAGUAAAGCUCUUCCGUUUAUUUACAGUAAGCUUAGACUGAGGAACUCUGAGAGCUUCAGUAAGCCAAGGUGAUAUUAGCUAGCGGUUUUUGCUACGUUGCUUGUUUUAACACAGUAACAACACACAGACUACAGGCAGAUAUACUCACCUCUGAACAGUGAAGGAGCUAGCGCUUAGCACAUGUAGCGGCUAAUGCUAAUACUGCUCUAGCAGUGCUAUAGCCGGGGUUAGCAGCAGGCUACAGUCUGAUAAUACUCACCUCUAAAUGGCGAAAAAAGGUAGCGAUUAGCGUGGUUAGCAGCUAAAGCUAAUGCUGCUCCAGCCUAAGUGCUGGAAAACUAAACUGAAACUCCUGUAUAACGCUGUAUAAAAUCAGCAGAGUGAUUUUACUGCUCCUUACAACAUGACUAACAGGUAAAAUUCAUACAUGCUCAAGAUUUUUAGGAAAAUUAAAGGAUUUUAGUGCGCCUUAUAGUGCGAAAAAUACAGUAAAUGAUUACUUCCUACAAUAAAUAAAUAAAUAAAUGAAUACUACACUACAAAGACAGCUAUCACUAAAUCACUCACUGUCUGUGGAAUCUGUGGAGUUUUUGCUCUCAAAACAGUUGCGAAUCAUCUCAAUUAUUUCUUUUCUUUCAUUUUAAUCGUCAAAGCACUUAAUUAUCUUUGGUUUACUUAUGAUACUAUAAGACUACAACCCAGGAUCUACACUUUCCGGAUACUUCUUUAUCUAUGCAGAGAACCGAGUCACGAAACAGAAACAUGGAACAGAAAACUCAGUAGAAAUUGUAACGUAAUUCAAAUUAACGUUGGAAAAUCUACUUCUGUCUUAUAAUUAGCAUAUUAAUAUUAAUAUUAACGAUUCUGCCAUUAUGACAUCAUAGGGCAGACAUGACAUUGCAAAUGUCUCUAGUUUGUUAUGAUAUGAUCAUUUGACGAUAUGAUGAUUUUUCAGCUGUUUCAAAAGUGGGCGUUUCCGUACUGAUGUGAGGUGUUGAUAGCAGGUCCACUGUAUAGUGGAUGAACUCAGAACUCACUGUUGGAGUGAAGGAGCGUAUCUGCAACAGCGCCACUCACUGCCUGCCGCUCUACACUGGGCAGACUUACUUACACUUACACUUACACACCACUUACCUACAAUUAUCUACAGUUUACUGACCACAGUGUAUUCAAUGCCAUGUUUUAAUUAUUUUUAUUUUUAUUUUUUUUUAUUAUUUUAUAUAAAUGUGUAUAAAGUUGAUCAAAAGAUAUUUUUUACUGGUGAGCCUUCAGGAGAAAAACCUAAAAACAAUGACUGUCCCCCCCCACCCACCCC